CAUGCAUUUCAUUCUGUGGGGUUGACUAGACUAGAGGUUGAUGGCAGUGUGGAGUGGUUUUGGUUCUUGGUUAAGUUUAAAUACCUGUGUAGUUUUUAAUGGUUUUUGUGAUUCGGUGAUUUCAAUUGCUUUCGGUGAAUACGCACAGAGAAGCUCGGAAAUUGGGAAACACGGCAAAAUGUGAUCUUUAAACCAUAUCAUCUACAUGCACACAUAGAUAAAUCCCGCAGAAUAUGCGACAAUAAUUGGACACGUGAAUUCAUAAGGUCACAUCCUCCUGAGGAGAGACGUCUCAGCUAAUCAACCAAUUAUUGAAACGGGGACCCACGACGUAGUGGAGCUUGUACAUACGUACUAAUUCGUUGUGCCAGCUCUGUUACGUUGCCAAUGUUCAUAAAUUUAUAAGAGUGACAGAGCGAGUGGGUGUGUUGUUGUGACUCGUGAUAAUCAACCAUGGAGGGUCAAUUGCUCUGGGUGUUAAUCGUACAACUUUGUGUGAUUGUGUUUGUGGCGGUGUGCAUCUUAAUUUUCAUUCUGAAGAAAUUGGUGGGACGAAGUAAGGUGCCGACAGGGUCAAAGACCAUUUUGGUAACUGCAGCAGAUAGUGUAAUCGGGACUCAGAUAGCUACACAUUUGGCAUCCAUUGGAUUCCGGGUGUUCGCAGGUGUUAAUGAUGUUAAUAGUAAGGCAAGUCUGCGGUUGAAGACGUGUGGUUCUCCCUGGUUGCAUGUGAUCCCUUUGGACGUUACCAACAAUGACAGCUUGGCUUACACAAUCAAAGCCAUUGGGAGAAGCUUCCAUGCUGGAGAAAAGGGUUUGUGGGCAGUUCUGCACUUGGCUGGCACGGGUGUGAAAAAUAGCAGCAAAAUUGGUGGUGACGAUGAAGAACAAUUAAGGACAGCGCUUGAAGUUACUGUUGUUGGGAUGUACAAGCUCGUACAAGCCUUCCUGCCAUUACUUUCUGCUGCCAAAGGUCGUUUUAUAAUUCUUGGAGCGGACGACGGCAUGUCGCUUGGACUUCGAGUCUGGGGCAGCGGAUCCAUCGGAAUUACCCACGGUGUUUGGACAGCAGCUAGAUUUGCUGCUGAAGGAUUAGCAGGCGGCUUACGAGCAAAACUACGACCCCACGGAGUUCCAGUCGUCUCCCUCCACCCAGACGCUUUUUAUGCUCAAAGAUUAAAUGAACUUCCAAAACCCUCAGUUGUUUAUGAGCUGAGAACCGAAUCCCCAGUGCCCGGUGGAAAUUGGUCGGCCGCUACAACCCUUGACGAAUCUGUUCCAGAAUUUUUGUCGCCUUACGCAAUCCAAGCCGUUGAAGAAUCUAUUUUGAAUACCAAUCCGGACGAAUGUUACGUGUUGGCUCCUUCAGCAAGUUCAAGAAUAAAAAGCAUGAUGAUCGCUUUCUCGCCAAGUUGCGUGUCCAAUGCAGUGACCAAACAGCACAAACAUGAUAAGGCUGAACAUAUUAUUGCUGUUUAAAUAAAUUUUACUAGUUUCUGACGGAAAUAUGUAUAACAUAAAACGUUGAGGGAUAAAAAAAUACCUUGUAUAUUAAAUUGUCCUAACAUUUCGUUAAAAUAAAAUAGUUAAACAAGA